AGAAUGUCUCGUGCUCCGAUACUCAUUAAGGAUAUGGUCCAGGGAAAUCAAGUCUGGAAGAUGCUGAUAAGGGUUAUUGAUGUGUGGGUUGUUAAGGAAAAAACAGGAUCACAACACCUUGAGUUCAUCAUUCAAGAUGGAAAGGGUGAUCGGAUUCAUGCCAUUUCUAGGAGCAGAGACUUCCAAUAUUGGAUCGAACAAGUCAAAGAGCAUGAAACAUAUUCCCUCUAUAAUGGAGAGCCUGUUAUCAAUGAUGGACCUCUCAAAGUGUGUUCUAACCCACUAAAACUUCUAUUCAACGGAGGUACUACCAUGACCAAUUUGGAAAUACCAGAAAUACCGAGUCACAGAAAUAACUUUCACCCUAUUGCCGAUUUUCUCAAGGGAAGCUACAAACCUGACAUGUUAUACGAUGUGAUUGGUGUUUUUCAAGAUGUGCUUAAGACGCAAAUGGGUGGUGGUGGAAGGAAGUCUUGCGUCAAUAUCACUCUGCGUGAUAUUGAAGGAAACGUGAUCGAGGUUGCCUUGUGGGAUGAUUACUGCAAACAGUUUAUGAACUACAAUACCCCUGGCAAGAUGGUUGGUCCUACUAUUAUUGUCUUAACACAUGCAUGGUGCAAGAUAAACACAGUUUCUGGAGCACGGAGUCUCUCAAAUGCAUGGAGUGGCUCAAGACUUCUCAUUAAUGUGGAACAUCCCCAAAUUGAUGAAUUCAAAGCAAGUUUGUAUUUGAUCCCUGUCAAAACAAUAUCUUUUGACUAUAUUAUACUUAUCAGCUAUGGAGGAACUGGAAAAUUCCAAUGCGCCUUCGCUGUCCUUGACUUGUGA